AUGAUUAUUUUUGUAUUUAUCUGUGGUUCUAUUUGGAUGUUGAUAAUUGGUAGUUUUAUGUGGCCAAAUGAAACAACAAGAGCAAAAUUGAACAAAGAUUUUGUGAAAAAGUACAAUGAGAGUGCUGAAAAUAUACCAUUCAUCAUAGCGGAUUAUACGGUAAUGGAAAACUUUGAAACAAAAUACUUAGUUUAAGAAUUUCAGAAUCCUGAUCUUGGUCAAAAUGUUUUGCUAGCAAUAGGUUUUGCAGCAUUUAUAUCGAAUAGCUCUCUAAUUUUUGAUGCUGGUUUAGCAAUGAAAAUCCAUUAUGCAAUCAAAAAUUUGAAUUUGAGUGAGAAUGUGAAAAAAGUGCACCGAACUUUGUUGGUAACAUUGAUCGCGCAGACAGCAAUUCCAUCAUUCCUCACAUUUAUUCCAUGUUGUAUUUGCUGGUUUUACCCAAUAUUCAACUUAGAUUGGAGUUUUCUCUGUAAUUCGAUUCUCACUCCAAUGUUAAGUGCUUAUCCGUUAAUUGAUCCACUUGUUAUAACUUUUGCAUUGGCUGAUUAUCGUGAAACUGUUUUCAAACUUUUUGGGAAGAAAACUAUUCUUGUUGUUAGCCCUACUGUAAUGGAAACCACACGUGUUUAAGAUAAAGUACAGAGAAAACACAAAAACAAUAACAAAAGCACAGAUAGUCCCAGAUGAGAUUUAUUUUUAACUUCCGUACAUCACGACAAGCAAAAGAAUCAAACAUCUUCAAAAAUCCCAAUUGAAAUUGCGAUCAUAAUUAUCAUUAGAAAUUAGUCAUUGAAUUUUCAUCGUUCAAUUUUCAUUUUCAUUUUCAUUUUCCAAAAUGAUUUACAUUGGUCUAACCCAUUUCUAUAUUCCAAAAAUCCUAUGCAUUUUCUCAAUACUAAUCAACACGUUUUUCAUCCUUCUGGUUUAUAGAAAAUCUUCCAUAUAUAUCGGAAAAUACAAAUAUCUCUUGAUAACUUUUUCAUUCGUAAAUCUAAUCACAACUUUUCUCGAUCUUCUCACAUCGGCUUCAAAUGAAAGUUUUCAAUCAAGUUUCAUUGUUUUUGUGGCGGAUAGUUUGAUCUACAAAAAUCGAGAUUUCCUACAGUUUUUGUUGGUUUUACGAUGUUCCAUGAUUUCCUAUACCUUUGGACUUAUCUCCGUUCAUUUUCUCUAUCGAUAUUUUACAAUUUGUCGAACUCAUCUAACAGUUUCAUUUUUCAAACCAAAAUAUGUUUUUCUCACAAGUUUUCUGGUUUUUAUCUACGGUUCUACAUGGAUCUUUUUAAUUGGAGAAUGGAUGUUGCCAAAUGACGCAAUCAGAAGGAAACUGAACCCUUAUUUUAUGAAAAAAUACAAUGAGAGCAUAUUUGCAGUGCCAUUUAUUAUUGCAAACUUUGGAGUGAGACUUUUUUUUUUGAAAAUUUCAAAAAAACCCAUGUUUUCCCAGAAUCCUGAUCUUGGUGAUAAUGCAUUAUUUGCCAUGGCUUUGGCAACUUUGAUUUCAAUGAGUUCAAUAAUUUUCGAUGUGGUUUUGGCGACAAAGAUCCAUCUUGCAAUCAAAGUUUUGAAUUCGAGUGAACAUGUUAAGAAAAUGCAUCGAAUUUUAUUGAUAACACUAAUCGCACAAACCGUAAUCCCAUUGAUCCUCACAUUUAUUCCAUGUUUCAUUUCCUGGAUUUAUCCGCUUCUGAAAUUGGAUCUAAGUUCUUUCUGCAACUCACUUCUUGCUCCAAUGAUAAGUUCUUAUCCAGUUAUCGAUCCACUUGUUAUAAUUUUAGCAUUGGCUGAUUAUCGAGAAGCGGUUUUGAAGGUUUUCCGGAAGCGAACGGUGCCAUAUUUGAAUAAUAAUAAUAUUUUGUUCCUGGAAACUACAUGCGUUUAG